GGGGUUUCGGGGCCAGAUUUAGUGCCCGGCGGGACUUGAUUAUCGUGACGGCCGAGCUGGUGUUUCCGUCAUUGCUCCUUAAACUCUUCGCUUUCCUUUGAACGUGUCCCGUUGCUCAGAGUGUCCAUCUUUCAACUUGUUUUAACCUCAUCCAAUUCUUCAGUAACUUCCUGUCAUUAUCCCAGGCAGCCAGUACCCCCGCAUCACACUCCUAGCCGUCUCUACAGCCCACACACAACAUGGCCGACGUCACGCUCCCCGAGCCUUUCGCGAGCAUCCCGCGCGAGUCGUUCCUCUUUGGCCCAUCCCCAAUCCAGAGCCUCCCCAGGAUAUCCGCGGCGCUGGGUGGCAAGGUCAAUGUCUACGCCAAGCGUGAGGACUGCAACUCUGGCCUGGCCUAUGGCGGCAACAAGACCAGAAAGCUAGAAUAUCUCGCUUCCGAAGCCCUCGCGCAAGGUUGCGACACCCUCGUCUCGGUAGGCGGCGUGCAGUCCAACCACACGCGGCAGGUGACGGCUGUGGCGGCCAAGCUGGGGCUCAAGGCGGCGACGAUCCAGGAGCGCUGGGUCGACUGGACGGACCCGGUGUACGACAAGGUCGGCAACAUCCAGCUGUCGCGGCUCAUGGGCGGCGACGUGCGGCUCAACGCCGAGGGUUUCCACAUUGGGCACAAGGAGGCGCUCAAGAACCUGACCGACGAGAUCAAGGCCAAGGGCGGCAAGCCGUACUACAUCCCCGCGGGCGCGUCGGACCACCCGCUCGGCGGCCUGGGGUUCGCGCGGUGGGCGCUCGAGGUGGAGAUGCAGGAGAAGGAGAUGGGCGUCUUCUUCGACACGGUCAUUGUCUGCGCGGUGACGGGGUCCACGUUCGCCGGCAUGGUGGCGGGCUUCAAGCUCGCCGAGAAGAAGCUGGGCAGCAGGCCGCGCAAGGUCAUUGGCAUCGACGCCUCGGGCAAGGUGCAGGCCACGUUUGACCAGGUGCUGCGGAUCGCCAAGUUCACCGCGGCCAAGAUUGGCCUGACUGAGGACGACAUCACGCCCGAGGACAUCAUCCUCGACGACAAGUACAACGCCAAGAUCUACGGCAUCCCCGACGACGAGACCAAGGCGGCCAUGAAGUUCGGCGCCGAGACCGAGGGCUUCAUCACCGACCCCGUCUACGAGGGCAAGAGCCUGGCGGGCAUGAUUGACUUGAUCAAGACGGGCAAGAUUGCGAGUGGCAACGUGCUGUAUGCCCACCUCGGCGGACAGCUGGCCCUUAACGCGUACUCGGGGAUGUAGAUGUCUAUUAAUUCAACGACACAAAUAACCAACU